UAUGACCUAAGCAAGGAAAAGUACAUAGAGCCGCAGAGAGACGUAGUCGUACCGUACAGACAGGUUCUUCAGAGGGUAAAUUGCGUACCACCACAGAUAAAAACUAGCGAAAAAUAGCAGACUACAGAAUGCCAACAGAAGGAGAUCCUACUACUCUGGUCAAAGCCACUCAUCUGGUCAUACUGUCUACCACAUGGGGCAUGCAGAUAUGGGUCUCAUUCAUAUCAGGUUUUGUUCUGAUGAACAAUGUUAGCAAACAUGCAUUCAGCCAGGUGCAGAGCCAACUGAUUCCCUGCUAUCACUACAGUGUCCUGGGAGGAUCCUUCAUUAAUCUGGCUCUUUAUGCCCUGUAUCACCCACACGAGUUACUCAACAAGGCUGAAGCGGUACAGAUCACAUCAUUCUUUGUCUGUGUGAUCUUCUCCGGGCUCAACGCUCAAUGGUUCAGUCAAACCAGAAAUGAGAUUAGGUACAAGAUGGAAAAGAUUGAGCUGGAGCACAGCCUUGGACAGGAGGUGGGACCUGACACCAACCAAGAGGCCUACAGCAAGCUGAAGAAGAGAGAUGCUAAGUACAGGAAGCUGAGUUAUCGCUAUAAUAAGUAUUAUGCUAUCAGCAUGGUGUGUAACCUGAUCUGUGUAAUCUGUAACGGGGUGAAUCUCUUCUACACUGCAGCCAAUCUGAAGACUUUCUAGAAUACCUCUGCCGGUUUAUUUCUAGGGAUUUAGUGAUUCUCUGGGAAUCACAACCUUUACUUAUCUCAGUUUUGAUCACCGUGUUCUCAAAUUUACCAGUCACUAGCCAUCAGGAGGAAACUCCUCCUACCCCAAGUUAUGUUUUCUGUGAAGCACUGAGUUAACAUACCAGCCUUAACUCAAAGGGGUGCAGAUCUGUAUUUCUGUUGUAACAACACUAGGACAGAUGGAUAGAGCACUCUUGUUCCUUCUGCAUGUGAGCCAACAGCACAAAACCCCAUUGAUAUUGUAUUAAAUUGUCAAUGCACUUACCUGAAA